AUGGAACGGCAACCAAAGUCUCUCUGCGACGCGGCGCAACUUCUUCAGACUGCCGACAUUAUCUCUAACACCGUCCAGACCAUUAUCGCGGAAUGGUCGGCGGAGGUGAAGGCAUCAAAAGGCUCUCGCAAGCAGAAUGCUCCAAUGCUUCCUAGUCGGGAACUGUUUGAUGCUCAGCGGAUCAUCCUAGCCGCUGUUGGCAAGCUGACCGAGUUGGUGUCAGAUCCGAGCGCAAGGAUCCUGGAAGUAGCAACGCAGUUUCAGGAAUCUCGAUCGUUGUACAUCGCUGCUGAGCGGCGCAUUCCUGAUCUCCUUGCAGCCGGUGAUGAGGGCGGCGUGCACGUCGACCGGAUCAGCCAAAAGGCCAGAAUCGAACCCCGAAAGCUGGCUCGCAUUUUGAGAUACCUGUGUUCGAUUGGUAUUUUCAAGCAAACCGGGCCGAAUACCUUCGCAAACAAUGGCAUUUCUGCGGCACUAGUGUCGAAUGAGCCCUUGCGCGCCUACGUUCAGCUGGUGAAUAGUGAGGGCUUCACGGCCUCCGAUCGUCUGCCACACACCCUCCUGCAGCCAGACACCGGGCCCUCUUACGACGUUGCAAAGACAGCUUGGCAAAAUGCCGUCUGCACCAAAAAGACCCGAUGGGAGUGGAUCGAGGAACGCGUGGCUCCAGAGAAGUUGCUGGAGUCUGGCGGCCAUUAUCCGGGGAUUCCGAGUCUGGUUAUGGGGCUCCCGCCAAGGGAAGAUGAUGGACUCGUCGCGAGACCGGAGCUGGAGAUCAUGGGUCUGUCCAUGGUUGGCGGCGGGCGAGUAUUCGGGACUGCCCAUGUUUACGAUUUCCCAUGGGCCUCCUUGGGGGAUGCCUUAGUUGUUGAUGUCGGGGGAGGCGUCGGCGGAUUUCCCCUGCAACUGAGCAAGGUCUACCCAAAGCUGCGGUUCAUUGUGCAAGACCGUGGUCCGGUCGUCAAGCAGGGGCUGGAGAAGGUCUGGCCCCGGGAGAACCUUGAGGCAUUGCAUCAGGGACGAGUGCAGUUUGUCGAGCAUAGCUUCUUCGAUACAAACCCCACUGAGGGUGCCGACAUUUACUUUUUGCGAUAUGUUCUUCAUGACUGGUCCGACGACUAUUGCGUACGCAUUCUGGCCGCCAUUCGCUCGAGUAUGGCGGCACACUCUCGCUUGUUGAUCUGUGAUCAGGUCAUGAAUACGACCAUCGGCGACCCCGACUUGGACUCGGCCCCGAGCCCGUUGCCGGCCAACUACGGCUACCACACGCGGUUCAGCCAUAGCCGAGAUAUCACCAUGAUGUCGUGUAUUAACGGGAUUGAACGGACGCCAGCGGAGUUUAAGAGUCUUCUCCAGGCCGCAGGGUUGAAGCUGAAGAAGAUUUGGGACUGCAGGAGCCAGGUGUCGUUGAUUGAAGCAGUCUUACCCGAGGUAAAUGGCUUCAGAUAG